GCCUCUAGCUGGACGGAGAGAUUCACAGACCUGAACGUCUAGUACCUCUUGAGAGAUUCCGGAGUUGGCGAAGUCCUUAAAUAGCUCCUCUCUAUUCAUCAAGUACUUGAUCAUCCCCAUCCGUUUCCCUCUGAUUCUCAGACAAGCUUCAACCCUCAUCAGAGCGUCCCACUUUCUUCUCAUCCAGGCCAUUUUCACCAACUUGACCACCAAAGGUAGGUAUCUGCCUACCUUUACGCCUCGUUGACAAACCAUCCAGUUCCUGUUCCUAUCAGUCCAUAUCCCUAUCUCACCCCUAACCAUCUCAAUCUACCUACCUCUCUUCAUAUCUAACCUACCCAAGCUAACAGUGACAUUCCUACCCACCAGAUCAAGAUGCGUCUCACAACCACCCUCUCCUUCCUCCUCAGCCUCCUCGCCGUCGGCACCGUCACCGUUACGGCCGAGAAGUGCGCCUGCAAAGGCGGUACCGACCACUCCAAGACGGCCUGCGAUCGCAUCGGAGCCAGGUACGGCGUCCUAGGCUGCGGCUUCACGGGUUGCUGCGUCAACCCCGGCACACAGCACAACCGGUUUGUGCAGGCGUGCAAGGAUUUGGGGUAUGGGUUCAAGAGGUGUGAUGAUUGUGCUAGUUGUUAGGUACCUACCUACCUACCUAGGCGGUUUUAUUAAAUGCGGGAGGGGUGUUGAUGGGGGUUUUCGAUGGGGAGUUGUAGGGGGAGUGGGGAUGCAUACAUGUGGUGGGAUGGACUGUGUUGGAAAUUGCCCUGGGUAAACUCAAUGCAAUGGUGGAUGACGCUGGGUAGCUGUUAGUAAACACGACUGAGCAAUUGUUGACAUAAUUUGUCUUGUUCUUGUGGUUUUGCUUGCUGGUGUUGUUCAGUUUGGUAGUGUCGUUGCUUCUUGGUGUCGGCGUUGCUUGACAAGUUGUGAGAUCACUAACGAGAUCAAGCGGUUGAAUACAAUUGAUUGAGUGUGUACUAUAGAGAGAGAGGGAGACUGGC